GAGAGACGUCUUCGUGCAUUGUCUGACUUGCCAAGCCCGGGCUUGAUAGAUGCAUCGCCAGAUGUGGAAACGAGUCGGCCAAGAUCCCGUGCUCGAACUGGAAGCUGCUUAACAACCAUCAGAGUGGCAGAGGACCUGACAGUGUGUCAGCAGCUAGGGAUCUUGUGGCGCAAUCAUCUUUUUUGUCGAGCAACUGUGGCCUUCGCCUCUUCCAACUACAUCAAUGCUGGCCUUGCGUUCAUUUGGAUUCGGCUUUUCAUCCAACUCUGGAUGAUGGAGAAGCAGAUGUCCGUCGUGAGCUUUUUGGUGAUCACUGGUGCAGGUGGUGCGAUUGGAAUUUGCCUGAGUAGCAACAUACAGCAGGGAAGCAACAUGCGUCGCAUCCUCCUGUUUCUUCGAAAAGCCAUGGCAGCCUCUUGCCUGGGUGCCUUCAUGACUGUGGCAGGACUGCUACUGCAGCUUCUGGAGGUCACGAACUACUCCUUAGCAACCUUGUCUUUGACUUGGGCCGGCAUUGUCCUUCUGUGCGUCGGCCUUGGGGCAACGACGGGCCUCAUCCAAAUCGUGUGCAACAACUCGGUGCCAAACGAGAAGGUGCGCAGUCUUGGAGUGGGUCUCGUGCAGGGUGCCAACAACUUUAUCGGCAAUUCGUUGGGGCCGCUGCUGCCACAAACGGUCAUGGAGAUCUUCGUGGUAUUUGCAGGAGCCACGGAAGCCCAAGCUUUGGUUUCUGGUGCUGUAAGUAUUGUUGGCGCAGCUCUUCUCGUCUUUGGAUGUGUGACAUCUGCUCUCGCCAGAGCGGGGACACUGGACAGCGAGUCAUGA